AUGGCUUGGAAAAUGUUAUCCAUACACUGCUCCAUCGAAAACAACCUUUGCCGUUGGUAUGCUGAUUUCAAGUACGGUCGCACGGAUACAAAUGAUGCGUCACUCUCGGGUAGGUCAAAUGAAGCAGUCGCUCCAGAAAAUGUGAAACAAAUGUUGAAAAUCGUAAUGAAUGACCGCAAAGUGAAAGUUCGUGAGAUUGCUGAGAUGGUAAACAUAUCAACUGGAAGCGCGUGUAUGAUUUUACAUGAAAAGUUGGGAAUGAAAAAAGUGUUUCCCAAAUGUGUGCCGCAUGUGCUCACAAUGGCACAAAAGCAACAACAAGUCGAUGAUUUACAGAGCUGUUUGUCACUGUUUACCCGCAAUAAACAGGAUUUCUUGCGCCGAUAUGUGACAAUGGACGAAACAUGGAUCCACUAUUUCACUCUGGAGUCAAAGCAGCAGUCAGCUGAGUCGCGUGCAGCCGGUGAAAGCCAUCCGAAGCGUCCAAAAACGAAGCAGUCAGCUGGCAAAGUCAUGGCGUCUGUUCUUUGGGAUGCGCGAGGAAUAAUUUACAUCGAAUACCUUGGAAAGGGAAAAAUAUAUCGAUAG